UUUUUAAAAAAACCCUCUUGAGCUGAAAGCAAUACACUUGGUGGGUUAUCUAUAUAUAUAUAUACAUAGCAAAGUGAGAACAAAGUGAAAACAAAGUGCUGAGCCAGAGCUGGCUUACGAAGAUAAAGACAAUUCUCAUUGUGGAGUGCUGUUUAUCUGUGGGAUUCGCAUUUUGGUAAGACAUUGCUGUAGAGGACAUCAAACACAACACCUAAGGAUGGACAGACUCCCUAAUUUUCAUUAGAGUUUAGCAGAUAGAAGACUUAUGGAUCGUCUUAGUGGUUCUGCUCGUCUCAUGAUAGUUUCUGAUCUUGAUUCUACAAUGGUUGAUCAUGAUGACCCAGAGAACCUCUCUCUUCUUAGAUUUAAUGCGCUAUGGGAAGCUUAUUACCGUCAUGAUUCCUUGCUUGUGUUUUCAACGGGAAGGUCGCCUACAAGUUACAAAAGGUUGAGGAAUAGAAAACCUUUGUUGACCCCUGAUAUAACUAUAAUGUCUGUGGGAACUGAGAUUACAUAUGGUGAAUCAAUGGUACCAGAUAAUAGCUGGACACAAUAUCUGAACCAGAAGUGGAACAGAGACAUAGUCAUAGAGGAGACAGCCAAGUUUCCUCAACUUACCCCUCAGUCAGAAUCUGAGCAACGACCUCACAAAGUUAGCUUUUUUGUGGAGGAGGUUAAGGCCAUGGAAAUAAUGAAUGUUCUAUCUGAACGUUUGGAGAAAUGUGGUUUAGAUGUCAAAAUAAUUUAUAGCAGUGGGAUUGCAUUGGACAUAUUACCGCAAGGUGCUGGCAAAGGACAAGCUCUUGCAUACUUGCUUAAAAAUUUCAAAGUUGAUGGAAAAGUUCCAAUAAAUACUCUUGUUUGUGGCGACUCCGGAAAUGAUGCUGAACUGUUUAGCAUUCCUGAAGUCUAUGGCGUGAUGGUUAGCAACUCGCAGGAAGAAUUGUUGCAGUGGUAUGCACAAAAUGCAAAAAACAAUCCUAAUAUAAUUCAUGCCACUGAGAGAUGCGCAGAUGGGAUCAUACAAGCCAUUGGUAAUUUUUGUCUGGGUCCAAAUGUGUCUCCAAGAGCUAUCAAAGACUUCCAAAAAUGCAAAGUGGACAUCUUCAGUCUUGGUCAUGAGGUGGUGAAGUUUUAUUUGUUUUAUGAGAGAUGGCGACGUGCAGAAGUUGUUUCUUCUGAGCAGUAUGUGCAAAAUCUAAAGUCAGUCUUUUAUCCAUUGGGUAUCUUUGUCCAUCCCUCAGGAGUUGAGCAACCUUUCCACCAGUGUAUAGAUUCUAUGACAAGAUUGUACGGGGACAAGCAGGGGCACCGAUUUCGAAUAUGGGUAGAUCGAGUAUCUUGUGCACAAAUUGGUUCAGACACAUGGUUGGUGAAGUUUGAUAAGUGGGAAUUAUCUGGGGAUGAGCUGCAGUGCGGCGUGACCACAGUCUUAUUGAGCUUAAAGCAGGCUGAGGUACCAGAUGGGUUCACCUGGGUUCACAUGCACCAGACAUGGCUGGAUGGUUCAAGAGCAAGAGACCAGACAGUCAUUUGUUUCUAGGUUUCCAACUAUGUCAGCUUUAUUGUCCGGACCGAUAUAAUCAUAAUUAUUUGAUAUUGUCCGGUGUCGUGUUAGAGUCCAAUAAGGAGUAUAUCUCCAUAGAUUUUAUACUCCAAUAAAUAGUUAGAUUUUUUCUUUCUUAGAGUCAGUUCAAGUCGAGACCUAAUUGAUCUAUUAUGUAAUCAGUAGUAUACUAUCAAUAACAAAGUAUGAGUUGAUUAUUAUUUGAAAAUACAGUUUGCUUUGUUUUGGAGGUCAAGGCUCACUCGAAGUAGCCAUUGGAGAUCAUGACUCUCUCGAAGUAGCCGAUUUAUUAUUUCCAAUGUUUUGUUAUUAGUUGGUUUGCAUCACAGACCCAAUAUUGUUCUCUUCAUAACUCCUAUGUAAUAGUUUUCUGCAUCUAGGGCACGGCUGUUUGUUAUUUAUACUGUUAACUAUGCUGGAUACAUCAAUAAAAUCAUCUGAUCU